AUGUCCACCCAAGCCGGCAUCGUCUACCGCCCGCCGGACCAGCGCGACCUCGUCCGUCUCAAGCUCGAGACAGUCGCCAUCAGAGCAUGGAUCGUCGACGUAUCAGCGCGGAUAACCAUCAAGCACACUUUCAGCAACUUCACCGCCCGUCCCACAGGACGAGCCAAGUUCGUCUGCCCUCUCCCACCGCGCUCGAGCGUGUGCGCGUUUGAAAUGCGGCAUCAGGACGGCCGGCUGGUCAAAGCCGAGGCACGCGAGAAGGAGGAAGUGGCUGAACGCCUCUUCGAGGGCAUGUUCCGCGAAGGGCGUGCAGCAGGCUUGGUAGACUGGGUCGCGGACGAUGUCUUUACAAUCUCGGUGGGAUCAAUACCCAAAGGAAAGAUUGUAGCAACACGGCUUGUGUUCAUCAUGGACCUACUAGACGACGCAACCCCCUCCUUCAUCCGCCUCCGCCUCCCCUGCUCCAUCGCCCCACUCUCCACGCCCCUCCUCUCCCCCGCCCGACCACCACCACCCAGCACAGCACCCCUCUCCCCGCUCACCGGCGCCCUGGGCCUCGACACCCGCCCGUUCGCCUCCUCCGCACCAAAGAACGAAACCCGCAUAACCAUCCACACCGACGUCCAAAUGGCCUCCGAAAUCACCUCCCUCCGCGCGCCCCCCUCCUCCCCGCACACGCUCUCCAUCGUGCGCUACCGCACGCGCGCAGGGCAGCGCAGCACCCGCCGCAUGUCCGCCGUGUACCACGCCGCGCACGCGCACCUCGCCGAGGACUUUGUGCUCGACGUGCACGCGCGCGACCUCGACAUGCCGCGCUGUUUCGCGGAGGUGCAUCCCGAUCCGCGGUCGCCCGUGCGCGGGGUGAAGGAGAGCACGGUCGCGAUGCGGUUGACGCUUGUGCCGCGUUUUCGCGUGCCGAGGGUGAUGGGGCAGGAGUACAUUUUCUUGCUGGACCGUAGCGGGAGCAUGCGGCUCGGGGAGGCGCCGAUUGGGGCGGCGAAGCGCACGUUGGCGGUGUUGCUGAGGCUGUUGCCUGCGCACGAUACGGUGUUCAACGUGAUUAGCUUUGGGGAUAAAGCUGAUGGGUUGUGGAAAAAGAGUGUCGUUUACAAUGAGGAGAAUAUGAACCGCGCUAUUGCCGAGGUUCACCUCAUGGAGGCAGACUACGGUGGCACCGAGCUCGUCAGCGCUCUCAAAUUCGCUUUCAAGUCGCGCGACACGUCUCGCCCCACUGCCCUAUUCAUCCUCACCGACGGCGGCGCCUACGAACAAAUGGACAUCUCCCCGCCCACCGCAGCCGUCACCAAAGCCGUCCUCGCCUCCGCCCCCCACGCCCCGCUCCGCCUCUUCGCCCUCGGGAUCGGCAAAGAAGUGUCCCGCGACAUGUGCUUCCGCCUCGCACAGGCCGGCAACGGCGAGUGCGUCUUCGCGCGCGCGGCGGAGCACAUCACGGGGCGCUGCGCGCGCCUCGUCAACGCCGGCCGCGCGCGCGCGAUCGAGCGCGUCGAGGUCGACUGGAUGUACGGGCUCAACGCGAGCGCGAUCGGGGUCGCUGCGUCGCCCGCGGGGCUCGGCGCCGGGUCCGAGAGCGGGCGCGCGGGUCGCCACGGGCGCGGUGCGAGUGGCAGCAGGCAGGGCACGGGCACGGGCGUGAGCUUCGACCCCGUGUCGCCGGUCUCGCCGUCGUGGCAGAUCGUCGGCGGGCUGGGGCGCGGUGUGCGUCUUGCGCCGCCGCCGCCGAUUCAGCAGGCGCCGCACGCGAUCACGCGGCUGUCGCCGGCGGCGGGUGCGCAUGCGGCUGUGGCGGUUUCGGCGCUGACGACGCUGCGUGAUGUGCCGAGGGAUGUGCGUGUGCGUGCGCGCGUGCAGGGCGCGUUUGCGCGUCCCCCUGAUGACGGCUCGUCGGGGGCGGGUGCUAAGAAGGCGGCGACGGAGGAGGUGUCGAUUCUCGUGCCGGUGACGGAGGUGAAGCCGUUCAAGCAUGGGCAGAAGGCGGCCUCGGGGUCAUCGCAGAUCGGCGCGAGCGAGGCGGAUAGGGAGGCGCAGGAGGAGGACGCGCGCGCGGACGAGGUGCCAUUGUUGCAUGCGCUCGCAGCGCGCAAGCUCGUGUUCGAGCUCGAAGAGGAGCGCAUGCCUCUGCCGGACCCGUUGGGCGCCGCGACGCCCGAGGAGAUUCGCAAGGCCGCGAUUGCGAGGUUGAGCGUCAGAUACGGGCUCGUGAGUGAGGUGACGGCGUUUGUCUCGGACGAGGCUAUCGCGCGGGGCGGGAAUCGAGAUCGCGAUAGGGACAGGGAUGGGCAUGGAAGCAGUUCGGGGAGGAGACGCGCGCGCAGGCGGAGCCAUUCCACUUCCACGACAUCGACGACGGACGCGUACGGAUAUGGAGUCGGGUACGGCGCCGGGGCGGAUGCAGGGAAGAUGGUCGACGCGCUUUUUGGCGGCAUGGCGGCCCUCGCUUCUGGUGUGUUCUGGACCGUCCUCGGGCCUUCCUCUUCUUCUCUUCCGUCUGGGUCAGCUCGCUCAAGAGGCGAUUCCCUUCGUCGCGUUCCAGGUGCUUUCAAUAAUGCGGGCGUGGAUCGGAGCGACGCGGGGUCGGCGGUCACGGCCAGUACGCGGUCGAGCGACGCGUUGUCGUCUGUUAGUGGCGGCGCGGGAAAUAGAUCCGGGUAUCGGUCGGAGUACCGUUCAGAGUACCGCACGGAGUACCGCACGGAGUACCGAACGGAGUACCGAACGGAGUACCGCUCGGGAGCGGCGAGCGAGGGCCCGACCAGCCGAACAGGACGGCAAAACAGCGGUCGGAGGCGGGUGGACUCGACGGCCAGCUCGGGGUACGGCUCGGACAACAGCGUCAAGACCUUCACGACCAUCAGCUCUCUCGAGGGCUCUUCAACGUGCACGAGCCGCAGCUGCAGCCGCACGCCGUCGCCACGUCGCAGCAGCCGCACGGCGGACUACGACCCAAUGACGCGCGCGCCGUCGCCCGUGUUCGCGCCCAUCUCACACGCCCCCACACACAUCCGCGAGCAGUUCCUCGCGCAGCUUCCACCAAGCCCCGACUCGCGGCCGCGCAGGCUUACGAAGCCCAAACCCCCGCGCAACGACGCCGAGGCCGAGGCCGAGGCUGCCUCCGGCGUGGGCGCAGGAUCGGGGAUAUUCGAAGGCGCGCUCCCCAUUCCACCGCCGCACGACGUUCUCCCGCACCCCGCUCCCGACGCGUCUGCCGUCUCCCCCGCCCUGGGCGAGGGCUCGAGCGCGCUCUCGACGCUCGAUCAGAACACGUACACGCUCCUGCACCUGCAGUCCUUCGACGGCUCGUUCGAGCCCGACCUGCGCAUCGCGACGAUCGUCGGCGAGCGCCCGCUGGAGCGCGGGCGGGCGCUCGUGCCCGGUGUGGGCGAGCGGGUGUGGUGUACUGUUGUGGCUGUUACGUGGUUGCAGCGCUCGCUGAGGGCGACGGGGGAGGCGGAUUUGGGCGAGGCGGUGAGGAGUAAGGGUGUUGAGUGGCUCGAGGGGUGCGAGGAGGUGAGGAGUGGGGAGGAGGAGGGGGUAGAAGUGCAGGGUAGGUGGGAGCUGGAGCUGUUGUUGAGGGAGGGGGUUGAGGCGCUGGAGAUGCAUGAGAGUGGGAGCGAGGCGUAG